AUGAGACUCUCUUUAACGCUCAUAGCUGUCGUGGCUUCGAUCGCUCUUACCCAAGAUAUAGCCAGCGAUGAGCCUACCAAGGUACACGUCCUAUGGGAACCUGAGAAGGUCGCGGAUGACGCAGAAUGGGCUGCAGCCCGCCAGAAGGGAGAUGAUUUGAUAUGUCGACUCGAAGCCACGGACGAAGCUGCUGGUAGACUAAAUAUGGACACACGAACACCGCCUUCGGCGCGCAAUCAAUGGCCCGAUGCCGCGCUCACAAGUGAGAUAAGUCUCUGGGGUUGGUUUACUGGCGAAUAUGACCAGAAAUCGCAUUGCCAAUUUGCCGAUGAUAACGAAGAUUACCAUGUCAACAAGGUCGAACACUACAACGAGCGCGCCGAAGAUGACGAUGGAGACACUCUUGCGGCGCAAAACCAGUACUACGACAUCAAUGGUGUUUGGGAGCGGUGUACCGGUGCGCAUGUUCGAUUCGGUAUCAACCAACGAGGCGGACUGAUCAUUGGUCUCGACUUCCUCAACCCUAGAACAGCAGCACUGGCAAAUUGGGAUGACAGCCCAGCAGAAGCUAGCCUCCCGGAGCUCAAGCGCGCCUCGGACAUCAUGAUGGCGUACUGGCUUCGCGGCAAUAUUGACCCCAAAAGCCUCAAGUACUAUCUUGUGCUCACCAUCGAGAAUACGAUGACUCUCGCUCUCAUCAACAGAGUGUUGAAGAAUCAUGGUCUCAAAGAGGUACCGUACUGGCCUGGUGUGAUAGCCAAUAUGUACGACGAGGAAGGCCCGGCGUUACUUGGUGAGUAG